UUGAGAGGCUCCCCGGCACCUCCGCGACGUCGGUUGUCGGUUGCCACCCGCUCCAAUGGCACCCUGCAAGACCGCCACCACCCCCCUCGAUAGCCCUUCCACCAAUGCCCCAAUUUUAGGAGAGACAAAUGGAACCCACGGGGACAUCCGGGAGUUCGCCUGCCGAAGCAUCGGCACCGACCUCUCCCUCGCUCCCCUUCCUCGUGGAAAAAUCGUUCGAUCUGUAGAUUUGCUGCUUCCGAGAUGGAUCUCUGUCUUAUUCCCCUUGUUAUUCUCUUGCUGACCCUUCCGAUCGCCAAGCCGGUCCGAGGCGAAACCGAUCCGCCAGACGUUUCUGCCUUGAAUGUUAUGUUUCGAAGCUUAAAUUCCCCCUCUCAGUUAAAUGGAUGGAAAUCCAGUGGAGGUGACCCUUGUGGCGAUGAUUGGAAAGGCAUCACAUGCUCUGGCUCAUCCGUGACCAGAAUAGAACUCUCGGGUCUUGGUUUGUCAGGUACACUGGGUUACCAACUAUCGAGCAUGACUUCGGUAACUUAUUUUGACAUGAGCAAGAACAAUCUUAAUGGUGAUGUACCUUACCAGCUUCCACCUAAUGCUGAUCAUAUAGAUCUUGGUGGAAAUACACUUUCUGGAGGGAUUCCUUUUUCAAUUUCUCAGAUGUCUGAUCUUACGUACCUAAAUCUUGCCCAUAACCAGCUUCAUGGACAGUUGACUGAUACGUUUGGUUCACUUCAUAGACUCUCAUUGCUGGAUCUCUCAUACAACCAAUUCUCAGGAAACCUACCUCAAAGCUGUGGAUCCCUCUCUGAUCUCAAAAAUUUGCUAUUACAGAACAAUCAAUUUAGUGGUUCAAUAGGUGUGCUUGCCCAUCUUUCUCUUGAAGAAUUGAAUAUUCAAAACAACCAGUUUACAGGUUGGAUUCCAAACAAAUUGAAAAGUAUACAUAACCUCAAAAUAGAUGGAAAUUCCUGGUCAUCUAGCCCAGCACCUUCAGGCAUGUCUAAAGCUGGAGAUAUAAGCUCAUCCACAGCCGAUGAUGGAAAUCAGAAUUCUGGUAUGAAAGCUGCAGCCAUUGUUGUGACAGUUAUAGCUGUGUUAGUAUUGGCUCUUCUUUUAAUGGCUCUUGUUAAGAGAAGAUCUUCAGCUUCAUCUCAUUAUAUUGUUGAUCAAUAUAGCCAGAACAGAUCAAGUACACCUCUAGUAGAUAAUGUUGCUCUUCUAUGA